AUGAUAGAUGUUCUUGUUGCAAGGCAUCCAAAUCUUCAAGAUAAUUAUUUGACAUAUGCUGAGCAUGAUAUAUUAAAACUAUUAUCUGGCUCAUUUUAUCCGACAAUUGGUGAUAUGCGCAUUGUAAUGAUGAGUUUGCUUGCACAUCUUGAUAUAAAUAGCGUCGAAAAUGUCAAUAGUCAAGUUGAAGUAGCGAGCGCAAUAAAAGCAAAACUUGAACCACAUGCAAGAUUCACUCUACAGAAAAUGUAUGAUGAAUACAAUUCAAAUAAUAUACAAACAGCACUACCCAGACUAACCUCAACUCAUAGCAUAUUUCGAGCUCUUAUUCAAAGUACAUCAUCAAAUAAUCAAUAUAAUACUCAUGAAAUUGAACAGUAUUUUCAACUUCCACUUGAAGUGGACCAUAUUAAUCCUCUUGAAUGGUGA